AUAAGAGCCACAGAUUUUUAGCACAAGGAGGCAGGCACGAGAAAGGGGUCAAGGGAGGCACCAAUGGACUCCUUGUAUGAUAUCUCCUGCUUUGCUGCUGGUCUUGCAGGCAACAUCUUUGCGCUUGCUCUCUUCCUGUCGCCAGUGACGACGUUCAAGAGGAUCCUGAAGGCCAAAUCGACCGAGAAAUUCGACGGGCUCCCUUACCUGUUCUCGCUGCUGAACUGCCUCAUCUGCUUGUGGUAUGGGCUUCCCUGGGUCGCCGAUGGCAGGCUGCUCGUCGCCACCGUCAACGGCACCGGAACGGUGUUCCAGCUCGCUUACAUCUGUCUCUUCAUCUUCUACGCAGACAGCAGGAAAACGAGGAUGAAGAUGAUAUGGCUCUUGGUGCUCGUAGCUUGCGGGUUUGCGCUAAUUUCACAUACAAGCCUCACUUUCUUUGAUCAGCCGCUUCGGCAGCAGUUUGUUGGAGCUGUGAGCAUGGCUUCGCUGAUCUCCAUGUUUGCUUCACCGUUAGCUGUCAUGGGCGUGGUGAUCCGGACAGAGUCUGUGGAGUUCAUGCCGUUCUACCUGUCCCUCUCUACAUUCCUGAUGAGCAGCUCUUUUGCGUUGUAUGGGUUUCUGCUGCGAGAUUUCUUCAUUUAUUUUCCCAAUGGGCUUGGAGUUAUCCUGGGAGCAAUGCAGUUGGCGCUGUACGCUUACUACAGCAGAAGAUGGAGAGGCCAUGAUUCAUCCGAACCGUUGCUGCUCGCUUGAUCAAAACCGAAUUGAUCAAUCAGCUGGUUUGGAAUUUGGGUUCUUGAAAGAGUUGGGGCUUAUGGUGAUAUUGGAGGAGAUAUAAGUCUCGUUUGGUCCCAGUUGACGUGGCAUGUUUAUUUGUACAGCUUUAGCUCAUGCUGCCACGUUGGUUCUCUUCUGUCUUCGAUCACUUGCUGGUACGGGAAGAAGCUGUACUUUAAAGUUCAAACUGCUUUCUUCAAACACGUUGGCAAGCUUUGCACACCAGGGAGGCGAAGGAUAGAAUUUUACAUUUUAUUCCCUCCUUUUACUCAUUACUUGUAUGCAAAACUAUUUCAGCCAUGCACAUCGUGCCUGAGUUCUUAUCAUAAACAUUUCACGUAUGUAUACAUUGCAAAGAUAAUUUUAUUUCUGUUGCUUUUAUAAA